AUGAUGGGGAUGAAGCACUUCCUGCUUCUUUUCAUCUACCUGGACCCGUUCAGUGUUCUGUGCGCCGCCGCCAGCAAGAAGAGCAAAAUCCCCCCCAGGAGGACCCCAAAGCUGAAGGAGGUGAACGGAACCAGCAGCACCGCGGCCCCCGCCGCCGCCCCCGUCAGGAUCACCCAGGUCCGGGCCCCCUCCGCGGGCCAGCACGACACCUGCAUGGGCUACUACGACGUGAGCGGCCAGUACGACAAAGAGUUCGCGUGCAACAACACGGACCACCGGUUCUGCUGCGGCAGCUGCUUCCUGCGGUUCUGCUGCGCGGACCGGGCCAAGCGGCUGGAGCAGAGGACCUGCACCAACUACAACACCCCCGACUGGAUCAAGACCCAGCCCCCCUCACCUGCGCCCACCGGGGACACGUACGACCCGGAGCUGGACCAGACCAACACCACGGUGUACAUCACGUGCGGGGUCAUCACGCUCAUCAUCGCCAUCGGGAUUUCUGCCAAGGUGGCCUAUGAUAAAGCCACGAAGCCCCCCCAGGAGAUGAACGUGCACAGAGCCUUGGCGGACAUUCUGAGGCAACAAGGGCCUGUUCCGAUAUCGCAGUACGAACAUGAAGACAUUGCAGCCAUCGAUGGGUCUCCCAAAGACGAGACGCCGGUCAGAACCUCAAAGAACCAUUAUACACCUGUCCACACAAAGGCAUCCAACCAUGGUCAUUACGGUAAAGACAACCUGCGAGUUGGAGGUCCAGACAUGCACAACUUCAUCUCCUCUGGCUUCGUUACGCUCGGACGUGGCCACUUGAAAGCGCAGCAUUCCAUCGACGAGUCGGGCCAAAUGUCCUGGCAGGGGGACCUGGACAUCCCCAUGUCUUACGGAAACCACCACCACGAGUACCAGCACAGCCACCUGGACCUGACUGCGCUCACUCCUAAACCAGGUGAGAAAGACAUGGACGAUUAUUACCCAAGGAAGCAUCACCAUCCUGACUUUGGCGGCAGGGGACCGACCCACAUGGUGAAGCUGAAUGCGGAACCCCAGCAGCAUCAGCAUCAGCAUCAGCAGCAUCAGCAUCAGCAGCAUCAGCAUCAGCAGCGUCAACGUCCCCGACGGGUCCAGAGGGCCAUGUCCCAGGACCAUGUCUUGUCUCCUCCCAGGACGCCACGCCGUGGAGACUACAACUUGUCGUCAUACGGCGCGAUGGCAGCCGCGGCAUACGGAAGCAGCAGGAAUCUUUCAAACGAGCAGUUGCUUUCUGCGGACCGUCUUCAUUCCCAGGACCCCUUGUUGCUGUCCCCAGCGAUGAGGCGCGACAAGUUCCGGGAGAAGGCCAUGGCGCGAGCGAUGUCUCACGCCGACAUGCUGCUUCCCACGACGCCUGUCAUGGAUCGCCACAAGAUGCCCAAGAUGCACUCUCAGCCCAGUGCCUCGAACGACUCGUACAACACGCUGAUGGUCAACCAUCAUGCAGGCACGUCCACGUCCAAGAGGCAGGCGUUUGCCAACCGACGAACACACACGGUGGACCACCUGCAGUACAUUCCCGGUCACCACCACACGUACCGCACUGCCAGUAAGAACGAGGUGACUGUUUAA